AUGGCGGAUGUCAAGGAGGAAACUGCGAAGAAGGUGAAGACAAUCAAAGAGAAAACUAAAGCUAUCCUAGAGAGUGAUACCAAUUUAAACUUUAUUGUGGAUAUCCUGGAAUUAUCAGAAACCCAAGACGAGAAAGUUUUGGUGGGAUUCAUAAGAUCAGCGCACAAAAUUUUCACAACUUUUUCAUCGCGGGGAAAGUUGUUUCGAUCGUCGAAACAAAAGCGUUCCCUUGAAGAAGAAGGGAGUCCAGAUCCUCAAGAUGUUUUCAGAUCCUGGCUACACGAUAAAUAUUUGUUGACCUUGACUCGGCUUCUACAUUUGCUUCGUGUCGGAUCACAAAACGUAAAGGAGUUUGCUCUUUGUACCUUGAUGAAGUUUCUCGUGGAGGAGGCAAAACACGACAGGAACUCGAAAUCUACCGAUCGUUUUCCUACAGUUCUAUUUAGGAAAACUUGCGAUGCGUUGUUUGAUGGCAGGUACAGUAUGAAGAACUGUAUCGAAAGGUUUGCUGAGUACUUAGAAUAUGAUGAUGUCAGGUUUUACGUGCUCAAAAAUCUGACAAAAGUCCUCGGAGACGCUUUAAAUAGCGGAGAAAGCCAACGUCGGUUUCUUGUAGAAAAUGCAUUCGCAAUGCUAAGCCAGGUGAAAAUGAAGAAGCAAAACGAGGAUAUGACGAAUCUUUUGAUUGAAGUAAAGCAACGAAAAAAUGAAAAUAGUGAGAGGAAUGAGUACAGCUCUCUAGAGUUGAAGAAUCAUCAAAAAGCCUUUAGUUCUGCCUGGCUUGCUCUACUGAGGCUUCCAUUGUCAUCUGAAGUUCAUAAGAAGGUUUUACUCAACUUACAUACAGAUGUGUUACCACACAUGACAGAUCCAAAACUGCUUAUGGAUUUUCUCACUGACUCUUACAACACUGGUGGUGUAACAAGCCUUUUGGCACUCAACAGCCUUUUUGUACUUAUCCACCAGUAUAACCUGGACUAUCCUGACUUUUUUAAGAAGCUUUAUGCAUUGUUUGAACCAAACAUUUUUUAUUUGAAGUACCAAGCAAGGUUCUUCCACUUGGCAGACUUGUUCCUGAUGUCCACCCAUCUUCCAGCAUACCUGGUGGCAGCCUUUGUCAAAAGGUUGUCACGCCUUGCUUUAUCUGCUCCCCCAUCUGGUGCAAUGUUGGCCAUACCUUUCGUCUGCAAUCUCAUGAAACGACAUCCAAGUGUUGCAGUUCUUAUCCAUCGCAAACAAGUAAGUUAGAAUAAUAACAUAUUUUAAUUGAUUAUUAUAAAAUGAGGACCAAAGUAAUCACAAGGAAUAUGAACAACACAAUAAGAAGAGGGGCUAAUGCUCAAAACAUCACCUUUGAAAACUUACAUUAUCAACCCGGAUAAUAAAACAAAAUUAUCAUGUAAUACCUCCCAGAAAAGAGGCGUGGAGGCGCGGUGGCCUCAUGGUUAGUGCGCUUGACUCCGGAUCGGGUGGUCCGGGUUUGAGCCCUGGCUGGGGUCAUUGUGUUGUGUUCUUAGGCAAGAUACUUUACUCUCACAGUGCUUCUCUUCACCCAGGUGUACAAAUGUGUACCAGCAAAUAUGCUGGGGGUAACCCUGCGAUGGACUAGCAUCCCAUCCAGGGGGGAGGAGCAAUACUCCUAGCCACUUCAUGCUAAGAAAACAGGAGUUAAGCACCGGCCCCAUGUGCCACUUGGGCCCGCAUAAAGGCUUUACUUACAGACCAGUUGCGGCAUGAAGUGAAGCAAGCUGAAGCAAUCCUAGAUAACUCUCUAUACAAAGAUAAUGACUUUCUGACGAAAGGCUAACACUUGAAAUGUUCACUUUAGAAACUCUCUUCGUUGGCUAAUUUAUAUUAUCAACUCAGUUUCUUAAACCAAAUUAUCUUGUGAUAUACCCACUGACCCAGCACUUCAGUUUCUUUAGAAACUUAACUCCAUUACUAUUCAGAUGCAAUUUUCAUUCAGGAAAUGCAGAUACAAAGAAUCUAAAAUAAACCUACUCAUCUGUCCUAAGUAAACGAAAUGAAGAUCCAGGUAUAUGGAUAAUUUAACUGAUUUUUUACCCGAUCAGAAGUGGUUGGCAAAUUUAGGGUUGUACUCUGAACUAGGCACAUUCAUCCACAGAACCUUUCUUCAUCCAGAAGUAUUAGUGGGAACCUAUAAUAUGUUGGAGAGGCUUGAAGAAAUGUGGUGGAGUAAUCCAGAAUUGACUGCAUGUAUAGAAUCUGAUUGAGAUAGAGAAAUAUUUUUAACUGUUUUAUGCUUUCAAAAUCAGUGUAAGUGCAGGCUGUAGUUGACACCACCCUAAGACACAAACUUUGCUGUGUGGUGAGAUUUAAUCUGUGUUUGUUUGCUUCUAGGCGGGAAAACUGUUGCUUGAUCAUGGCACAGAAGAGAACAUUGCAGAUCUCAGCAAAGGUGAUCCAUUCAUUGCUGAUGAACCUGACCCUGCUAAAUGCAAUGCCAUGAAGAGUUCCUUGUGGGAACUAAAAUCUUUGCAGAGUCACUUCUAUCCUGGUGUGGCAUCCCUUGUGGAAAUUCUAGAGAAGCCUCUCAACACUGGUGAAACCGACAUUUCAAAGUACUUUGAUGAUGGUUAUAACCAACUGUUUCAGAGAGAGUGUAUUAAGAUUACAGAUCAGAAUGCAUAUUUGGAGUUCCAAGUUCCCAAGAGUCUUAUCAGUAAGGAUAUGGCAGAGAGAUGGGUCUUGGAAUAGAUUUUCAAUCUGUAAGAAUUUCAAUGGUGAAGCAUCCAACAUCCACUUUUGUCGCUCAGUGGGUACUCUUACGUUCUUGUAAUUAUCAGUUUUUACAAUAAUUAAAAAAAAAUAAGAAAUUCGUUGAAAAAUUGUUAAAUUAGGUAUUCAAAUUCCUACUUUUUUCUUUUAUCCUCUUUCAAGGUUUCUGACACAAAAUUCUCGUAACUAAUUUACAAGGAAAUGUGUAGCAGCCACAGGGGAAGAUUAACAAUCAGAUUUUGAGAGUUGAGGGUUUAACAAUACAAAGUUUUUCAUGCUCUUGCAUCUCAUUAUUAUUCAGUUCAAAUACUCCGGCUUCAUGUCAUUUACUGAAACAAAAUUGAAUGAAGCGUUUCCAAACGUUAAUUGUAGUGCAGACCUCCUAUUGGUUGACAUUGUUCCCUACGUCAGUAAUUCACCCCCGAAAAUACAAUAAUAUAGUUUAUUUAAUGAAACCUAGCCAACUUGAACUGGAAUUUUAUUAAGAAAAAGAAAAGCGUUCUUCUCAGUCUGUUCUUUCACAGCUGCGAUCAAAAUGCUUUUUCCCGGAGGAAACAUGUCAGACGUUUAGGUUGAAGUUAAUUUGUAGAGGGCCAGAGACUGAAUGAGAUUCGAAGAUAUUUCCCUUACCGCGGCAAAAAAGAUGAAGCGCUUGGAAAACGCGAGAAGGCGAAACUUGUACAGAGUCUUUAAGGAUUAAAUUUAAGGAUUCCACCAUUUGCAGUGUCGUGGUCGAAAUCAAGUCUAUUUGACGAGAAAUCAGGCAUGGGAACAUCAUAUAGCACAUGGAGACUUCACAAAAAGACGUCAAGACCGCGAAAAUUGAGCGACAUGGCUAUCAGGGGAUCUGUCAAACGGGGCGGAAUGAAAAAAAGUAAAAGUGAGGGUAACUUAGUGGACGAUAUACCCACCCACAAAGUACACACCAAUCCGUUAUAUCGCCAUCAAGAUUUGUUCGAUAAUGACAUGUUUUUCGAGGAGAUCUUGGCAAAGAUAGAGCGAGAAGCGGCCAGGUUAUCAAGUUCUGAUAGAAACGGCGAAAGCCUAAGAGGCUUUGAUUCAUUUAUGAUGUAUUAGACUAAGAUCAUAUCAUUGCAAAGAAUAGUCGCUGCAAAAUCGCAGCAAAGACACAAAAUACGCGUCAAGUCUAUGACUUGUGUUAAGAUCACCCGUGGAAAAGUAGCGAUGUAUUUACAACACAACUGAGAUAUCUUUUCAUUAGACGUCCAUUCAGAGAUCUUAAUUGCUGUAACUUAUGUUAGAACACCCUUAUGAGUACUGCUUAAACCUUAGCUGCAAAGAGACUUUAUAUGAAAGAAACUUUUAGCGGUGGAAUUCAAGGCUAGUAAGCAAGAGAAUGAAGUGGAGUUUGUUUGCGCUAUAGAGUCGCCAAGGCUGCAAAAAGACGCGUUUGUCAGUAAAUUAUUCGCCAAACAAUUAACUUGAACUCGUAACAUCUUUUUAAGAUAGUGGCGUCGGUUAGAACAUGCAAUUGUUAUAUAUAAAGGCGUCAAGCCCACAAAUAAGGGAGAUCAUUGAUAUAUCUGAGAAAAUAUAUGAUAUUUAAAGUGAUAAAGAUACGGCUUUGGUUACAGGACUUUAUUAAUACCACCUG